AGGAACUCGUCGCAGAUAGCGGCCUGCGCAUUAUUAAUAUCGAUAACAAUUAUCGCGAUACGAUUAAUGCUCCUCCAGCGUGUUUAAUCCCUUCGUGAAAUAAUACCCAACUUGGUACGACGUGUAUUUUUGCAAGUGAAUGUAAUGUGACUGUUUCUUUCGCAAAAUGAAUAUAAGGAGCGAUAAACAGAAAAUUCCUGCGGACCUCUCUCUGGCUGCGUUACUGUCGGCGGGAUUAACUCUUGUAAUAUCACCAAUAUACAUCGUGUUAUGUAUCCUCGCUUUAGUUUACCGCUACAGAUGCGACUCAGGGAUGGUGUCCGGGGCUACUGGAGACAGUUACUUCAUCUACACACUCUAUAGAAUAUACAUACAAGCGGACACAUGCGGAAACCCGGAUUCGUCGCCACCAGCAGGUGUUAUACUUACGACACCAGACGCAGUUUUUGUUUUCGUUAUUGCUAUUUUGACUGCCACCGUUUUAAGCUGUGCAGCUGCCAUCACGCUUAUUGUGGUCACUGUUAAUAACAAAAGUGGGCUCGUAUUUGCCACCAUAUGGACAUAUAUUUGUAUAUGUGUAGCGUCAUUGGUGGUCGAUGUAACAUACGCUGUUUUCUUUGGAAAAGAUUAUGCGGAAAUGAGUUAUACAAUGGAAAUCCAUUUUCCUGGAAUCGCAAGUAAUUAUUUGAAUGAUGUUCUCCGACUAGGGUCUUUUCUUUUCAUGACAAUUGCUCUGAAGGGAUUCCUUGCUCCUGUAAUAAAUAUUGUUCUACUUAUAUUGUUAGCGACAUAUGCUUCUAACUACAGGAAUAAACUUCAAACCGAAGAGCAUUCCAUACACAAAGUGGGAGCGAUUCACGCAUAUGACCAACAUGUGAACCGUGGUUUCGUGGAAGAGGAGCCGCGCAGCCACCCUCGCAGCCCGCUGCGGGCCGCACCGGCACAGGCUAACACUCUGCCAUUGCCACCGCACACUCCGCUGUCGGACUAUUCCAACAACCGAGAUUAUGACCGCUCCAACUCUUGGCAACACACUCCAGCGCCGAUGCCAUUCUCGUACAUGGAGGAGCCCCGGCGGAUGCGGGCGAGCCCCGCCGCGGGCGAGCAGUGGCGGCACGACUCCUGGCCAGCCGCGCCGCCGGUCCCGGCGCCCGACUACAGCCCGCCAGCCCGUCGGCUCAAAUCAGCCUUAAAACCGAACUAUAUGUAGAUAUUGCGUAGCAGUUGGACUUCUUGCAACUCUCAUCCUUCAUGUAUUAGUACGAGUAUGUUAAAAUUAGCACAAUGCCUACCUGUUUGUUGUUUCAUUAGCCAAUUAGGUACUAAUUAACUAGCGUUAGUAGUACCUACAGAUGACGUCUGUGUAUAUCUACAUUUUUCGCCUCAGGGGCUGUCCAUAAAUUACGUCAUCGAUUUUUGUCGAUAAUACGAAUUAUUGUGACAAAGCUAAAGUAUAGACAGCCUCCUUUUACCACGAGAUACCUAGUACUUAUACCUAUAUUCUAUAUUGCUUAAGUAAUUAAUAAAUAUCUUGGAGACUGAGCUUUGCUCGGAAAACAUAUAAAAACUCAAAUGUGCGCAUUUUCCCAGAGAUAACACCUAGCUAGAUCGAUUUUUCGCCCCCGAAAACCCCCAUAUAGCAAAUUUCAUUGAAAUCGAUAGAGCAUUUUCCAGGAUCCCCGAAAUAUAU